UGUUACGUAAAAAGUAUUAGUGGGCCGCUAAAGUUGAAGGACAGACGACAAGGUUCGCGCUCGCUUUGAAACAGUUAGUCGUCUGUUCUUGCUUUUCUUCGCUUGGUCAUGCAUUGUAGGUGAGUAAAGAUGUAAUAUGCGUGAAUGGAAACAUUUUAUGAAGAUUUUACUUUGAGAACGCGUUAAUUGUGUAGCCAUAUCCACGUUUUAGACGAAGCGUCUUACAACAACAGCCAACACGAGCAUCGCAGACACAUAUACGUCAUUCCCAUGACGGCACGGUGCCCCCUUAAGAAACUCCCAUAGACGAUGGCGCCAGAUUUCCCUCUAGGUAUUAUAGUGAGAAACUCUAUGCUUCCAGCGGCUCUGCCAAGUGCACUUCAUGUUAUGUAAGCGAGCCAUAUUAUCUUGCAUAAUGCCUAAAAAAUGUGAUACAUACGAAAAUAUUAACAAAUAUUUUGUGCGUAGAGUGCGCAAAUGUUUUUUUUUUUUUUUUUUUUAAGAUAUGCGCCAGGUGGCGCUUACCUCCACCUAUUUACCUUGCGUGUGAGAGGCGCGGUCUGUUUUAUUUUUUUUCCUCUGCACUCGCCAAUGAGGUUGUGAUAGCGAAGAGCGAAGUGUACGAGCAGACCGGACGGUCUUCGAGUUCGGCUCCUCCGUUUCUUUCUUUUCCUUUAAUUUCAAAAUAUUUUUAUUUCGACUCUUCUGACUUGCCACUCAAAAACCGAUGGCGAUGGCGUGCAACCUGUUACCCCCCGUCAAAACGGAAAAACAGAUCCUCGAAAAUUCAAUGCCCGAAGACGACCCGAACAGCAACUCGGACACAUAUCAACCGAGCAACGCAGUCGACGGCCAGCUGAAGCCAAGGUGGGGCCCACACCAUGCUGGCGCUCGAGAGCUGGCGGGCCUCUACACCCGAGGGAAGCGCACCCAGGAGACGGUGUGCAUCGCCGUGUGCCUUACUCUGAUGGGCUACAACCUGUUCCAGCUGCUGCUGUACUUCCAGGCGUCUCGCUGGAGCACCAUCAUCGCCGCCGCACUGUGUGGAGUAGUGACAGCGGAUUUUCUAAGUGGCCUUGUCCAUUGGGCGGCUGACACCUGGGGAAGUGUGGAGCUGCCUGUCAUUGGGAAGGCAUUUAUACGUCCUUUCCGGGAGCAUCACAUCGAUCCAACAUCAAUCACACGGCAUGACUUCAUUGAGACAAAUGGGGACAACUUCAUGGUGCCCAUUCCAGUGUUGGCCAGCAUGGCCUGGGGCUUUGCCUCCAAGCCUCCACAGGCCAUCCUGGCCACAUACCACUGGAACUGUUUCCUCUUCCUUCUGGCCCUUUUUGUGGCAUUCACCAAUCAGAUUCACAAGUGGUCACACACAUACUUUGGACUGCCACGGUGGGUGACUCUUCUUCAGGAGUGGCAUGUGGUGCUGCCCCGACAGCAUCACCGAAUCCACCAUGUGGCGCCCCAUGAGACUUACUUUUGCAUCACUACUGGUUGGCUCAAUUAUCCAUUGGAAAAACUCCACUUUUGGCCAGCGCUGGAAGCAGUCAUCUCUGCCUUUACAGGCUGUCGGCCACGCUCUGAUGACCUCCAGUGGGCGCUCAAAAAGUGACCAUCCACAUUGAUGCUACUGAACUCUUCCAGGAUAGUGGCCAUCAGCGGCCAUUGCCCUCAGCAUUGCACCUUCUGCUUGCUUGACUCUGGACUCGAAGCAUGUAAAAGGUCCGCUGGCCCCUGGGUGACUUCUGGACAUUUGUUUAUAGUGCAAGGUCUAGUCGGUGCUUGGGGUUGUCUGUUGACAAUGUUUUCAGCAGCUGCCAUGUGCAAAACACCUUAUCCAAGUCAAAAAGCAUAGGCAUAGGAGAACUUAUGGUAAAUGCAGACUGCAAUGGUCACAGUGGCAGCCGCUGCCAUUUUUGCCAAUUCUUAUAUGCCAUGCACAAUGCUGGCCUUUAACAUGCAACAUGUCAGCUUGAGGUUUCCCUACAACUUGCCAUAGGCAUUUCUUCUGUCACCGUGAAGGACCUCUGUGCGGCUUUAUAAUAGACUAAACUGAUGCUGGUCCUUGUAGGACAGCCAAAUAGAAGUGGCACUUUGCAAGAUUAUAUAAGAAAAGCAUUAAAUGCAAAGCGAAUGGUAUUUUUCCAAGCAACAUUGUAUUUUGGGGAUUAAUGCAGUUUUAUGGGCUAAACUGCAACAAAAGCAAUCUCUAUCUGAAUUUUUUAUACCUGUUGAGGUUUUUGCUAAAGAAGUUAUGUUUACACUGCUGCUGUUAUUUUGUUUCUGUCUUCACUUGAAGUAGCACUUUCCUUUUUGGCUAUUCACUGGUGCUAUUGCACUUGAAUAUACAUAGAUCUCAUUAAUUGAAGCAAGAAUGGUCUUUGGUUACUGAUCUCUAUAUAACUGCUUUUAUGCCCACGUUACUGCAGGAUAACAAAUACUUUAGCUCUGUAAUUGAAUUAGUAGCACAACUUCUGGCUGCCUGUACAGCACAUUCAACUUAUUUCUCUGUUUCUGACCUUGCCAUUUUGUGCAUGUUUACAUGUCAGCAGCUACAGCAACCAGCUUUCGUGUACGUAAAAGUAUAAUGCCUAAAUCACUUACCAGCAGUUGUUCUUGAAUUAGGUCUUCACACUUUAAUCGAGUGUUAAUCAGCUUGAAUAGCAUUGUUUAAAUGUUGCAGCUAGAUUUAGUGAUCCAUUGACUACAGUCCUUCACUUUGACUGAACCCCACUUCAGCAUCAUAUUUGCACUCAGUGGGCUUGAGCAAGUUGGAGCUUAAAGUUACCUUAAGCUGCUCGUUGCAUGUAGAAACCUAUUAACAUCAGUGUACACUUCAUACUGUAAGCCUUUCCAGAACUUGAGGUCUCAGCUAUCACUGUGAAAAGAUGCAGCUGAUAGAAAAAUGCUACUGUUUGACUUAGGUGCAUAGUCAUAUACACAAGUUUAUAGGCUUUUUAGAAGGAAAUCAAGGCACAAAUUUAUGGCUGAAGUGGUCCAAGGUGCAUUAAAGAAGCCGUCCACAGCUUCUCAAGCUGUCAUCACUGUCACAAAUGAUAGCAAAUGACCAGGCUCAAGCAGGAGCUUGUCUCGAUCUCUACAUUUAGGUACAGCCUCAUCAGAACAUUUCAGCACUGAUGGUUCCGAUGUGUAGGGUAAUUUUCCACUUCAAAAGAAAAAUGUGAUCUUUGUUAGCAGCAUUAUGUACCACUCAUUUCUGCCCAUCGUAGAAGUGAAGCUGUUGCCAUAAUUGUCUUUUAAGUGGCUACAAAUAAGGAAAGCAUUUCCAACAAAUUUUUGACAUGGCAAUGCCCAGAGUCACAAUGGCUGUUUCAUGUUGCAUGGUAACCAAAUUUUUUAGGCUAGAGUACAUUCACUGAAAUGGAAAUCUCAGCAGGUGACAAAAUAGGACACAUUUCAGUGGCAUUAUAUGAAUCACGCAGCAUAAAUUUGACGCUGUGACACUAGGUGAUGUGAUGACAGAUAUAUGUCUGAGGUGCGUUUCUUCUGGCUACUACAUGUUUUUUUUUUUUUUUUGGGGGGGGGGGGGGGAAUGUGGCAAGGCAGAAUAUUUCGGCACUGAUUCAGAAAGUGCAACAGGUAUCUUGACCAAGAUUACUCGUCAGAUCAGAGUGCCAUAUCAACAUAAAUGUUUAUUUCUUGUAUAUGUGUCUCGCUGUACUUGAUUAUCGUAUCUUGCGUUCAAGGACAAACACAGGCGCAAUGGGAGGUGACUGUGUAGAAUGAAUUAUGAGUGAGAGCAGCCUUGCUUUUCAGGCAACAUCAUACCUUGUAUGACCUUGACUGUGCUCGGCAGUUGUGCAAGAGUACAUGGCACAAGAAGAAAGUAUGCACAUCACAGCACUACACUCACAACUUAAGUUUACAGAGAGUGUGUUUUUUCCGUUAACAUUCAUUCUGAGUGCAGCACUCCUGCUUGUUUGCCUGCUUUUCUCUUUUGCAUUGUGUCUUCUUGUGUCAUUGAUCAGUAUGAUUGCCUUUAGCAAUUUGCCCAAUUUCUUGCUCCGUUGAACUUCUUGCGACCUAGAAGUUAGCCACACUGCUCAAGGAGAAAGGUGAGCAAUAGUAAUACCACAGCAGAUCUUGUAAUUUGCAGCCGCUUAUAGCCUUUCAAUUCAAAACAUUAUGGGAUCCUCAGAGACCCUUUUAUUUUUGCAAAUUUUGCUGUAAUUUGCAAUUUUGCAAUUUUGCUGCCACAGCGCUUACCAAGGAAAAUUACUGGACAUACUACACCAUACAACUGCUGUAUUGCACUUCUGGGUAUUUGGUUGGUCUUCAAAAAUGACUAUUUCUUUCAAUUCCUGUUAUAUCUGGCAGAUGAUUGACCACAGUAAAAAAAAAAAAAGAAAAAAAAAAGAAAGGGUAGGAAGUGGAGUAGAAAGCAUCGCUGCAAAUCAGUCAUUACCAUUUACCCUUUCUCUGAUGCAAAAGUCAGGCAAGUAUGCUUAUGGUAGACAAACAUCUCUUGUGUGUUUGGUUUGCACUGUGCCUUUUCGAGAAACUCUUUGCUGCUGCAGCACCCAACAAGAAAUUGUAAAAUAUUUUAUAAAUGUUUCACUAACUCACACUUAUUCUGUGUAAGCCUUCAGUACUCCAUCCCAGGUUAUGAUGGUAUGUAGUGAAAUAUUUGGGCCUGUGCAUCUUGCCAUUUGCCAGUGCAUUUCCUACAUGCACUCAGUCAUUUAAAACAGUGCAGAAUGUUGAGAUGCACUCAACUUCCCUGCAGUACGAGAGAACCUAGAAUGAAUCUGAUGCAUGUUGCUGCAUUUUAUGUUGCAUGUUGCUGGCUAAGGCUUCAUUCAUGUAACCAUGACGUGUGGAAAUGGAAGGAGGAAACAGAAACUGGCUGACAGCAUUCACCAUCAUACAUAUUGCGUGUAAUGUGCAUGUUUUGUGGCCAUUCAUUGCAUGUGAAUUGAACAGGCAAAAAUGGUUUGCUUUAUGGAAAAUCAGCAUUGUAGAUCUAAAAGCAUAAGUAAAGUUCAAAUAUGCCAGUACUGUUCCGAUUAAUUUGGAGAAAAAAAACAGGCACUAGUUGGUUAUUGAGUUAGGUGAUGUUUGUAUAAAUAAAACUUGCUGUACAUCAGCAGUAUAACUACACACAUCUUUACAAUGGAACCCCCGAUUAUAUAUGAGUUUCAGGCCACAAUAUGACAACAUUGUGUAUUUGUGAGUCACACAAUAUUAAGGACAAUAACUAUGGUUGUUAGCUUCACUUUCAUAUGACAAAGGUAUGUGAAACCUCUAACGAGCUUCUGAACGCCUUAUAGUUCCUUGGAAUUGCCUAUGCCCCGAGUCCUUAAACAGGCAAAAGUACAUCAAGGAGCUGAAAGUAACAAGAAGUUUUGAAACCUUUGUCACCUUGAAAUUUAUUCAUUUCUACUAGACUCAAGUUUUUUCAGCCAUCCAAUACCACUCCAGGGUUAAACAAAGGACAGCAGCAUCAAAACCUUCAGAUGCCAUAAAAGCCUCGCAUGACACAGCAUGUGCAUCUCAAAGAGCCCAUUGGCAUUCAGUGAUGGACAUGCCCCUCAACCAGGGUGAACAAGAGCAAGUGCCCUUAGCAGAGAAGUCUGAGUAUUAAAAGAGGCAAAAGAGCCAAAGAAAAGUAUUUGCUUUAGAAUGUGAGAAAGAGUAAAAAAUCAAUUCAAUUUAUUGAAGGAAUGAUGCACCUGACGGCAUGUAUUUAUUGCAGUGAGGAUAUUUAGGUAGAAUUUGUUGUUUCGUUGCAUAAUUCUGUAGAGAACAGAGCUGGUGAUUGGAUCAUCUGUAGCAGUAGUACAGAUGGCUGUGUAUAUGCCGACUCGUCAUAUGUUGGCUCAUUAUAUGUGUGCUGUCCUGUUUUGAGCCGUGUCGGGUGGUUAUGUAGUUUCCGUGAAACAGAAGUCUGCUGGAGACUUGGAGCAAAGCCGCUUCUACGGUAAUGAUGAAGCAGAGAUUAAAAGCAGGAAGGAGAAAAGCAAGAGGUUAGACAGAAUGGCAGAAGAAAGCAACUGGGGCAUUUCAUGCUGCUACUGGCAAAAAGUGACUUGUGGUCACUUCCUUAUGUAAAUGGUCCCUGGUGUUCAUGAAGCUAGCUAUGGCCUUCCAUCUUUGUCUUCACUCUUUUUGGUUUGUCACAGUUGUGGCAUUUCUGUGGGGCAGAUUGUUUGUCGUACAAACUAAAUUCUUAAUGAAUUGCUUCCAUGGACUGUGACAGGCUUAGGCUGAUCCAUUGUAAAGUGCAGGACAUUGUUUAAAGAUAGGAGGCAUAAUCAAGGUUCCAAUGCAAUGUCUAUUCAGAAGGGCAGCUUAACAGCCUACUUUGCGACUAGUGUGGCUCUCAGAAAAUGGGUACUGCUAAUGAGAGGUAAAUAUUUAACUAUACAUCAAUAUAUUGCACUAUAUUCUGCACAUACCAAGGUUUUGCAGAAGUGUAUGCACCAUUUAAAAAGUAAAGCUGGAUAGUUUAAAUGUGGUAAUAGGGGGGGGGCAUCCAGACUAAAAUGUUAUUUUAUUUUAUUUGUUAUUUUUAUUAUUUUACUUACGUUAAUUUUUGGAACUCAGUACGGCAUAAAAAAGUGUACUGAGGCCAACUUGUUGAAUGGCUUAUUUUUUUUUAUUUAUUUACAAUUUCGUUUCAGUUUAAAACCUUGACUUUUCUGUAGUUAAAGAAAUAGAGAUAAAGCAAGUCUGGCUUGGAGGAGCAGUGAUAACCUUGCCAGUAGCAAACAUGCUUGCCACUCCAAGAUAUGGUCUUCUUCUCCAAAUAUAUUUUUGUAGAGCAGUUAUGAACCAGUUAUUAAACUUUAAGAAUGAUUGAAUUUGUCAUUGACAGUAUAACAUAAUUAUGUAUUGGGAUUCACUAUAGUGGUAAAAGGAAAUAGGCAAAAGCAAGAACUUCAGAAACAGUUUUGGUUUUGUAAUGUCUUCUUUGGUUUUGAACAAGUGUGAAGAAUUUUGAAUGCAAGGAAGUAACUUGUGAAAAUUCGUGCUAUAUCACAACUGCAGAGGCACCACCCGCCGAAGUACACCAGAUUCCCUUUAAAAUGACCAUUUAAUGCAUUUGCACAGAUUAAAGCCUUUGUGCACAUACACAAACUAAUAUAUUCAAUAUUAGGAAUAACGUACUUUUUGUGAAGCCAAAUACCGAAAUUAGUGCACAUAUAGAUUCUGCAAUCAUCAUUAAACAUUAGAGAGUCUCACUUUCUAAUUUGUGGUUAUAACCUUUCAUAACCAGCUUAAAUAUAUUGGGUCCUAACAUGAUCCUUGCUUUCAGUAAUGUGUACGUACUCAAAAAGCACUGAUCUGCUUGUCAGUGUAUGCCUAAAAGAGGAAGAUGCUGUGUGUGUGCAUUGCUUGCUGGGCAAAAGAGCUUACAUUUUCAUCUACUUUCCCAUUGCAAAGGAAUUUGCCCUACACUUUUUCGUGCAAAGGCCAGAGGUGGUGCAGAGCUCCAGUUCUGCUUAUCACAGACAUGUUUUGCCAACUGCUUGUAAAAUUCCCCAGUUGCCUGCCGCAGCUUUUAUUUCCUUCUUCUUUUUGAUCUUGUUACAAUUCACUCUUACUUGUUUAGAAAAAAUGGUAAUUCAGAUGUCAAAUUUUCAGGUGGCCUGGACUGAUAGAUUCAUUUGGAUUUGUAACUCUUGUUCAAAUUAGAAGAGCAAGCUAAAAUAUAUAUUGUUGUUUUUCAUGUAAUAGCAUUUAAUCAAUUUUGGCAAGCAGCUUUUCAAUUCUUCCUCAACAUUUUUAAUAAUGUUUUUAAAGUAUCUAGCUGUCCCUUAUUUAUGGGUAGGAAUGUAAUGUACAGAAUAUAUUUUUCUUUAUAUUGAAUUAAGUUGAAGCAUACCUACUGGAAGAAAAAGUCAUCUUUACACUCUUUUUAUACGAGUCAUACUGCUUAUUUGUGCAUGUUUUAAAAGGGUUGGGUAAUUGUCUGCCCAAUUUCAUCAAGUAGCCCUGAUAUGGUAUCUGAAGUUUGUGUGAUGCUUCCAACACAGUUAUACCAUUAAGGACAUUCAUUCUUAUCGCACACACCAGGUCGCAAGAUUCUCCAGUCCUUUGCUCUCUGUCCACAUCCACACAGCUGACCUUUGUGUGAUACUGAAGUUGUGUUCUAGUUUAUUUUAUUUUGUAAGUUACAGGGAGACUGAAAAUAAUUGGUUAUAGACCACUGCACUUAAUUUUGCUUACAUACAAAUAGGGAGUGUCAGUUGUAAACCUGAAUACCAAAUGUGGACCACUGGUACUAUGUGACAGAAUGGUGCUUGCAGAGACAGCACUUCGCCACUUUGUGAUACCUCGUUAUUUCUUAACUGACUCUAGACAAGGCAAAGCACCAGUCCAGCCCUAAAUGUAGCCACACCUCAUUAUAAUGAAAGGGGUUAUCACAAACUAAUGGAUAUAACAAAGUAAUUGUAAUUCUCCUUGAAAUUCUCAUAAAAAUACAUGCAUAUAAAUCACAUUUUAACAAAGCAAAAUUUUUUAGUCGGUAUAACGAACCAUUUUUAGUUCAGAAAGAUUUACUGCUCAUUUUGCACCAAUCAGGCCGAAAUAUGGCAGCGUGACAGCUACACUGCUUGCAACUCGUCUGAAUCAGCAGUUAGAAACUCCUGCGAGCUUUUGGCUACCAUGCGAUGUGUCAAACAAGCCACGCUGCUGAUUUGGCAAUUACAGACACGCUCUGCUGCUUCUGUUUUGCACCGCACUUUCCUGCUUUCUGGUACACAUAGCAUGUUGUGCCUUGACCCAAGGAGCAUGUGGCUUGUGAUACAGAGGUAUAGAUGUGGUAUAUGCUGUGUCAUUUAACUAUGGUUGCGAUAGUCUGCUGCAGAUGUGCAGCCAAGGGACCUUAUUUUGUAAUGAUCCAUUGAAUUUUCAAUUUUUUUCAUUUUUUUGUCAUUGGCUCUGACAGAGCCGCACCACCAGUAUCAGGCACUCAGUGCAACAAAUGAUCAGAAUAGAAAAUGAAAUGAAUUGUUACCAAAUGAUGACCACUGCUCAUGUUUUUAGUGAUUGCUCGGCUUAUCAGCAUUUCUUGAAUGUGCCGGCAGAGUGCUGCCCGCCUUCGAUUCAGUGCAACACCCAUAACUGGACACUAAUGUAAAGAAAUGCUGUUUUGUUUUUGUUAAGAGUCUACUUUCAUAUGAUGAUGAUCAUUGUAUGAAAUCGUAGGCUUGCAGUGCUCCGUUGGCACAAUCAAGAAACAUUGCAAGACGCGUUAUAUAGCUACUUCACUGCACACGAUCAUGACAAAGAUGGAUUAACAUUGAAAGCUGCAUUAGAAAAAGCAGUCAUCUUCCUGACCGAGGCGUGGCAUAAAACAAUCUUUCGUAGUCCUUUAGUGAUGCGCAGAGGGUUUUUGCAUCGGCUUACCCAGUAGUUACUGACAGCACACCCCUGCCUUUCCGGGCGACCAAUGUCGGCCGUGAGAGCAGACAAUCAUUAUAUUGAUGUAAUGGAUAUAACAAAGUAACUACGGCUCUCCAUACAAUUUCAUUAUAGGAAGUCUUUACUGUAUGCAUAUAGAGAGAUUCAAGUGGACCUAAUGUUUUCAAUCCCAUUUAUGCAAUUAUUACUACAAGUAUACACUGUAUUGGUGUGAAAAAAAAAAAAAAAAAAAACUUGUUAUAUCAUCUUUCUUUAUGAGAAUACCUAUGCAGUACUAUUUUUAAUAGCAGUAACUUAAACGAAAUGAGGAUAGACUCGUUGCAGGCGUGAUCACGUGUCAAGCUUCAUUGUACUUUGAGAUUAGAUCGUCCACCUCAGGACACUUCCUUGACAAUAUAAUGCCUUGUAAUGUACAGUCGACCAAAAAAGUUUACGGACCACGGGGUCUCAGAAAAUGCUAAAUAUUCGAGCAGCCUUUAAAAGUAGCCAGUAAAACCGUACAUCACAAUUUUGUUCGCAUAUACCAGUAAAGGCUGGAAAUGGGAAUACCAGGCUGCAUUUGGAGGCUGCGGAGAUAUUCCGCUUUAUGUCAGGUCUCUUGGUCCGUAAACUUUUUUGGUCGACUGUACUUCAGGGUGUAACUUAUUCUUUUCUGACAUUUCCUUUCUUUUUUUUCUUUGCUGAACAUUUCACUCAUGACAUAAGGAUUAUUCAGUGGUACAAGAAACAAAGUGAUGGAAACAACGGACAGUCUAAAAAACUAUUUAUGUUAAAAACUUUCCUGCACUGUCUUGUGUAUGCAUAAUUUACACGGAACUACUCAAGCUUGCAAUGAACAGAUCCCUAUUAAUUAGCAGGUGCAGUUCACUUUGUGAUUGUCACUUAAAUGCUAUACCUUUGCAAAUCUAAGCGUCAUUCCUCUCCAUCCCCCCCCCCCCCCUUUUAUUUUAUUUUUUAUUUUUUUGCUUUUGAUGACUCAAGUAGAAGGCACUUAGAUUCAUAGCAAACAAAACGUCGCAAAUUACCCUCAAGCAAUAUUAUUUCUUUAUGCAGAAACUCAAAGUUAAGCAGCCAAAACUUUAUUCCAAUGCAAGAAAAAAUAUUUAACUUCAUUGUCACCACCCAUAUUGUCAUCACCAGUGCUGUCAACUGGCAUAAUUUCCUUCGUGUCCCCAUUUGAUCAGCUGCGCCUGUUGCACUUGGUGUCAGAUAACAAAUUUUCCAUGGUUUCAUGGUGCUGGUUAUGAUGCAGCAUCUUCUAAAAUGGUUUGCCACAACUAUGGUAUGGGAGGCAACUGUAAUUUGACUACAAAUAAAGCACUUAAGUUCACAAUUUCUUUUUGUACCAGGUGGGGUGCUUUUUUAUACUAAAUAUAGAGCGAGAAUGUAAGGAGAAAAUAGAGAACAUUAUUAUGUUAUUCCAGCCCUAUGGCAGAAGCAAGAACUAGAAAUUAAUUUCUCAUUCUUGAUGUAGUGCAGAGCUAAGUUAACAUAGUAAUUUUUAUGCUGAUAGCCUGGCUUUAAUGGUAACUUGAAAAUUCUAUUUAUAGGAGGAUAUAGCUGGUAAGAUUUUUUUAAAGGGGUUAUUUGGCGGUGCCAUGAACAUUUCGUGGUUUUAAGUGCAUCAUGUUUUUCUACAUCUAGAACAACUUGCACUGGUAUCAGCUUGUCAUAAUCAGUCAUCAACUGAUCAUGAAAACUUUUAGAAAUAGUUUUUUUUUAUUCUGGUACAUAUAUGAAACUUGACAUCAUAUGGCUCUGCUGACAUUACGAUGUCAUAGUUUGUCUAUUGCCCCUUGUGUGCUUGUAGGCUGCUGGAUGAAACUUAUAUUGCACAGAGAAUAAAAGAUAUCUAAUGCACUCGGGCAAUGUGAAAAUGAAAGCAAGAGACUUGAUACGAAGGAUGAAACGUAAGGAUCAUCAAUGAUGUUGCACUCCACUCCAUGUGUUGAAAUUUAAAGAACCAAUAAGAUGUUUUCUUUGAUUGUGUGUCAGAUUAAAGCAAUCAUGCUGCAUUGGUUCAGGCCUAUCUUAUUCUGCCAAAAGUAACCUUGCACAUGAGGUCACUUUCUUCCCAUAUUUCAAAUUGCUUUAUAAUACCUUUAUCUGGGCAUAAAUAACUUUUUACAGGGCACAUUUUUUUACCUGCUGAGUAUUUCUGCAUCAUCAACUCCUGGACCACAUCAUUGAGUUGUUGAAUUAUGAUUGAACAGCUCAGUCAAAAUAUUCAUUUCAUACCACUGUCAGCCUACUUAGUCACAGCACAGAACAGCCAACCAUUUACUCCCAUUUCCUAAGCUGCUUAAGAGAGCAGCAACAAAAGGGAGGUUGUCCAUUUUACAAUUGGCUUAAUUCAGCCACAAAUAGAAAAAGCUAUGAAGCAAGUGACAGGUAACAAUGUAAAGUACGAAAGGCAGGAUUUAACUUUAACUUAAGACAGUCAGGAACGUUUGGGUUCAUUAGUCUACAAACAAACAGAAGUGUCAGCAAGCCUUUUGUUUGAGUGUUGUCACCGGUUUCGAAGACUUUAGUCUUGUUCGCCUUUUAUACUGCCAUAAUGCAAGCUUACGCACAGCAGAAGAGGUGUUGCAAAAAGUAACGACACAUCAACCGUGUUUAUUGAGCUAAAAUCCUGGGCAUUGCAGAAGCAUCUUUAGGGAGCUUUUUAACACUCUAAGGUAUGCAGUAGCUCUGAUUUAAUUGGGAAGUAAUUGGUAACAAGGCGGUGAUGCCAUUAAUUUUCUGCAUCAUUAAUUAACAGGCAAGAGUUGCAUUUUUGUGGUCAUAGUGUCAGAAAUUGACAGAAGGGUUAUGAAUCAGUAUGGGGGAAUGUGUGUGUAUAAUGCAUUUAAAUUGGCAGACAUUGAAAGACUAUUUCAAUGAAAUCCAAAAGAGAAACGGGCAGCACAGACUUGGCUAAAACCAUGCAGUAAACCAUCUCGCCACAAUACAUUAAAGAGCAGGGCACUGGCUUAGAAUAAUGAUUAUUUCUAAGUGAAAUAUCUACUUGAACAAGUAGACAUACUAAUAUAUUGUUUGUAUGUCUCUUUGGAAUAUACUUCAAUACAUCGGGUUUGCCGUAACAUUUUGCAAUGCCCUCAAAGACAGUUUCUUCAGGAAUAGCACUUGACACAGAAUGGACAAGUGGCCUUCCCUUACUUAUCUGAGAAAGAGAUUUACAAUUAAAGUGGGCAUGCUUUAGAAAGGCCUCAUCAGUUUUCAUUCUUAUUUGAAUGGCACGUUAAAAUCCCCAGAAUGGCAUGCUGCCACUGACUUCAGCUUUUGCAAGCUUCAUGACAUUAAGCACAAACAAGAGCAGAAUAGUCACUGAAGUUUUGUUGCUGGUUUUUUUGUGAGGUAUGAUUAUAUGACUAGAGAAAUUGCCUUUCUGAGUUUAAUGCCCGAAUGUUUGCAUCUGCUCUUAUGUGCAUUCACUUAUCAUUGUCACUACAUAUUUCAACCUUAGUGCUUUCUUUCUUCUUUUUUUUUUAUUUUGCAAGACAUCGGAAAGCAACUGUCAAUGAGAAAAAUAUAUCACAUAUUUGAAGACCAGGUGGAGUUAAGUAGCUAUGGUAGCUUAUACAACUGCAUUUACAAAGUUUCAUUAGUGGUGGCCUCUUCAUAACUGGCAAUGUACUAGCUUUUAUACCUUUUUUUACCUUUUGCGAGCAGUGCUGUAUGUACGUUUUGUGUACAUAGUAUUGUUAGCUAAGAAAAAUCGUGCAAAAGUAUGAAAUGUUUCCAUUGAUUGGGCCAUGCAACUUUUGACAUGUUGACACCUCGGUAGUGCUUUGCUCAUUAUAGCACUGUUGUGGAUAUUGUGUUAAUAAUGCUACUGUGAUGUGCCACUGUUAGUGCCAGUGUGCUUAUGACAGGGGGGGGGAAAAGCUAUCUUUGGUGCAUCUUCAGAGUGAGUGCAUGAAAAAAAAUUGGUGCAGAACGGACUGGUGUGGAAUGUUAUCAUGUACAGUGUAAUGUUCAGUUCACAUGAGUGUGCCUGCACAAUAUAAAGUGCGUGCAUGUGUGUGUGCGUGUGUGCAGAAAUGUGUGUGGAAAUAGCUUAGGAACAAAAGAGAAUUAGCCUUAUUUUUGUAUUGUGAAAAAUGGAAACGCUUGUUUAUGAACAAGAUAGACAGCAUGAAGCAUAGAAAUGCCAUGGGUAAGAAAUAUUUCCUCAUAUAUGAGUGUGCUUUUUUAAUAAUUCUAGGAAGGGAUUACUGCCCACACAGAAAAACAAGUCGUUUUUUGUCAGGUUGGCUAGCAGUACCUUGCAUUAGGUGAGCCUUGUAACCUGUGUUCCUUUUUCUUUUCUCACGCUUUUCUCAGGUAUAGCACCACAAGACAAAAUAUGUUUAAAUGCGAAUGAUUUUGCAUAUGUAGUAGACUGCCUUCGUUACUGGAAACGGCUGCUCAUAUUCCAUUUAUCAUUUUGGCUGCACUGUGUCUCACUCGUGACCUAAAACUGAGAAAAAAAUUGCACAUCGCAUAAUUGCAAUAGAGCAACAGCUUUGGGCUUGCAUUUUCCACUGGUAACCCCACUGGGUGAAGCCAAGCUAGGCUGUGGUACUGUUGCUCUUAAUUGAUAUAACACAUUAAAGUGUACUUGUGGAAAGCGUAAAAUACAAGGUGCUUCAUGCCUGAUUUUUUAUCUACUAGUUUAACUGUGCAAAAAGAUGGUGUCCUUCUCCAUUUUAUGAGCCACUUUUGCAAGGCACACUGAACUUGUGAUUUCACAGCUUAACAGCUGAACAUUUGUCAUAAUUGUGUCUUUUGUGACUAUUUGUUGUUGCAUUACGUUUAAACCUGAUUUGUAUGAACUUAUGGAACUUCAUAAUAUCUUGCAAAUUCACUUAGAUGUCAACUUUGAAUUCUUCCAUCAUUCCAUGCUAGAAAUGCUGAUUAAAUGCACAUUCAUUAAUUUCCAGUAGAAUGAGCUUUACUGAAGUAGCAUUUAUAUUUUUAAGUAGUCCCAGUUAGCUGUUUCAAAAGUUGAAAUUGUUUACUGUGCACUUGCAUCGAGGUAUUUUGUUGUAACAUGGUCCCAAAUGUACUUUUCAGUUGACUCGGGCUAGCCCAGUUGUGUGGUGGUAGUUGGCACUGGAGCUGCAAGGACCACUGUAUCGUCAACUUUUCAGUGUCUGGUUAGCUUUCAUGGCACUUCACAGGCCGGAAGUACAGCAAUUGUUGCUUUAACAGCAUGCAAGAGGUUUUUACUCUUCCCCACAGUUAUUAAUUGAUUGAGGUCUGACAAGCUGUUGCUUUACAUAAAAUGUGCUUUGACAAAGUUUGCUCAAGGGAAACACUGCAAAUUUUUCACACACAGCAUUGGCAUUCUUGCAUGUCUGUUCCCAUUGGCUUCAGUAAAAAAAGAAAAGGUAAAGAAACAGUUUCUGCUGACAAAAAUAACCUGCUCUUAAAAAAAAAAGAGACUUGUUAAGCAGAGUACCAUGUUAAUGUGCCAUAUUUCAUUGGCAUAUCACUGUGGUAUUCUAAUUUAAAACAUGGCAGCAUUCUGAAAUGUAUUAAUGAAGCUAGCACAGAUAUUUUUAUCCAGUGUGUGUACUGGUGGUGGCCAUAAUCAAAGAUGCUAUAUAUGUGUACUUGUGCAGUUUUUAACCAUAUGCCUUGGACAUCCAUACUUGCAUUUGUUUUGUACUGAAGGUUUGAGUUGCAGUUUAGGGUUUUCAUGUGUUUUCAGCUUUGUUUCAAUUCCCAAAGUGCCGUCACUGACCCCAGCUUGUCAAUUCUCUUCCAUUUAUAUAUGCAUUGGACAAGCUGGGCUUGUCCAUGGGUACCUCAUCUUUCUGUCUGUAUGCUCUGCUCAUCUGCCUUGUAUGAUAUCCUGAAUGUUGGCAGUGCCAUGCGUUUUUGCCUGCUUCUCGUCAGAGAGGUUUGUAGAAAAAACGAACUAUGUGUGCUGCCAGUUAGCAUUUAAUAAGCCUCACCCAUGUAUAAAGUGCACCCAUCUUUACUGUAAAAAAAAAGUCCUAUAGGAAGCUCAGCUGUUAUGUUGACCAGUGUUCUUAAUGGUAAAAAUUGUCACUUAAGAAACUAAGUACUCUUAGUGAAAAUUAUUAUGUAGAGGGUAGUUACAGAUGUCAUGAGUAGUCUCUUUUGUUGUUAUGCUGUAAAUGCUUGUGUGCCAUGUGUCAUAAAUUUUUGUUUUGUUUUACCCAGAAUGACAGAAGGCUGAGCAAGUUUGUAAGUAUGCAUGGUUUGAAAAGGCAGUCAUAGAAAACACAGACAAAGAAGGAACAAAAAGAGAAUGAUUGUAGCACAGGUACAUGAGGAAGAAUAAUAAGAAAUAACAUUCUUUUUCCCCAUGUAACUGCAUUGCAAUCAUCCGUUUGGAUAUGGUGUAUUAACAAGCCCAAAUGGUCACAACUAUAAACAAAAAUGACUACACACACACUGACCAUCAACUGAAAGGUUGCACAAAAGCAGAAAUGAAGGAACACACAAAACUAAAAAAAAAAAAUGAUUGCGUCUUACGUGCCAAAACCACUUUCUGAUUAUGAGGCAUGCCGUAGUGGGAGACUCCAGAAAUUUGGACCACCUGGGGUUCUUUAAUGUGCAUCUAAAUCUAAGCACAUGGAUGUUUUCGCAUUUCGCCCCCAUCGAAAUGCGAUCGCCGUGGCCAGAAUUUGAUCCCGCAACCUCGUGCUUAGCAGCCCAACACCAUAGCCACUAAGCAACCACAGCGGGUGACACAAAACUAUCUGUGCAUGCUGUAUGGAAGGCAUCUUUCACCCGUCAAUUAUGGGCACAUGCAUUCUCAACAAAUAAAGGUUCAGGAAUGACAAUUCUUGAUUAUGAUGGGUAAUUCCUCUUCAUUCCUCUUUUGCCUAUGCUUUUUAUGUUUGGCUUUUCAAACCACAAGUUUUUAUUUUGUUAGUUCCACUGAGUUCUAAUCAGUUGAAGCUGUACAGAGAUAUCAUUGUCCAAUCAAUCUGUUUAAUAGUGUCUCCUAAUAUGGCAGUGUACACUUAUCCAUGCAACAUUUUGCAACACGGAACUUGUAAAAGAGCUGAACAUGGCCUAGACAUACAACCUGUAGAUGAGGGAGGCACGGAAGAAGUGUUACACAGAACAGUGCAUGCCUCGAUUUGUGCCUGCAUACAUACGCAGCAAAGGAACUCGGCUUUAUCAUGGUGACCGUCUUGCCGAAAGCUUCUGUGUGUUCACAACUUAAAUUGACAUGUGCUUGUGAAAGAUAAGUCUCGGCUUUUAUAUACCCUGUUUUGUUUACACCAUGCCACAGAAAACGCAAAUGAUGCAGUUGACUGAGAAGCUUGUCUUUUUUGUGCAUGUGUGGGUUUUGCAACAAAAUUUGGCUUCAAGUGAUGUGUUGUGCCUGGUAGUUGGUAGCUGAAUCAGCAGGAGUGAAUAUUUUUUGUUUCCGUAGGCACAUUACACAAGCUGGUCUUCAGUCCCUUUCGAGUGAUGUUGAGGUGGCAAAUGGUGCAAAUGCCUGCAUAUAAGCAACUUUUGUGAUCUCCUCUUUUUAUAAUGCCCAUCAGUGUGCUGAGGUUGCAAGAACAGUGAUUGUGAUGUGCACUAUUUUUCUACAGGCGCAUUGGCAUAUUUUUAUGCAGAGGCAUGCUUCACUCAAUCAUAGUGUCAUAGGGUCUUCAAGCAUGUUUCCUGUACAUGAUGAAAUGUGCUGCUGCAUGACAGUGGUCACUUCCACUCUGCUACGCAGCUUUUGUUACUAGACUCAUGUUGGGGGUCUUUAGAUAAGCUCUUGGAGUAUAUUUGUCGCUUACAGAGCCUUUUUGAAAAUUGGGCUACAUAAAUAACAGGUUUCAGCACGUAUUUUGCUUGAUUGUUUCUUUUUCUCCCAUAAAACAUAUAAAAGACCAACAAAGUCAAUUUGCUUAUCUCAAUACUGUUCAAAUGGAUCGUGAAGAUAAUUAUUUGCCAUCAGAUGACUGUAGGAGAAGGGCACACUGAACAGUAGAGCUAGAGGUUGUAUCAUGGAACGCUGACAACGUUGUGUGAUAAGAUGGCAUUCUUUCUGUAUAUGUGCACUAACAUUCAAAUAAGGAAUAUUAUUUGCCUAAGCAUGUCACUGUGUGGCCACUUUUAUUGCAAAACAAUUUAUAGCCACCACGAUCUUGCAGUACAUGAAACCAUUUUGACUCAAAGAAAAUUGCUUUCAGGCAUACUGAAGCACUUAAAAACUAGCCCCCUCCUCCCAAGUUUAUAAUAAACACAUUUUGGCAAUGUACAACAUGGAGCACAUUUUAUGCAAUGUUUUUAUUCAAAAAGUUAUAAACAUUUCAGCAAACACUUUGGUUGCCUACAUAUAUGGUAGUUGGUUAAAAUGAAAUAGCACAUGCUACUUAUGCAGCUGCUUGAUUGAUUUUUCACUUGGUAUUUCAUGCAUCAAACAAAUGAAUGCCUAUGUGCUUAUUGGCUUUUGUUAGUACAGCAGCACAGCUCCAUGAUGAUACUCAUUGUGUUUUCACUGUGCACAUUAGUUGUCAGCAGUACGAAAUAUUAAGACACCCUUUCAGUAACCAAAUGUUCAGAUAUUGUGUAAAAAAUAAUCUGUACACAUAAUCUGGCAAGGAUUUCCUGCUUUAUAUCUUCGGUCGAAGUUUUUAGAAUGUUUAAAUUUUCAGGAUGUCAAAGCAGUUGCAGGAGACUGCUUACACAUAAAGCGUCAAGUUAUUUCAAGUGUUUUAGAUUUAUGAAAAGAUGUUUAAAAGAUUUUUGGAGUGUCUUUGUCUUAGGUUUGCCUUUCUUGCUGAAAGCUGCAGAAUUUUUUUUUUCUUAUAGUCCAAGGUGCAGCAGGAGAAUUUCAAGGUCCCUAGGCAAAUUCAAACUAUUGCGCCCCUCUCCAGAGCCUAACUUAUGUGCAUCAAAUAAACAAAAAUUUCAGUCA